UGCAUGCGCCACUGGGCGAGUCUCGGCUGUCUCCGUAACUGUGCUAUUUCUCCGCGAAAAAAAGGGAGAGAGGGGAGAGUUGGGGCGGAGGGGCCGCCAUUAUCGGGAAGCUGGAAAAACCCACCGCUCAGCCCACAUGCAGCCCUGUAGCUCGGCCACGCGUCCAGCGGCGCUCCUGCGUUCCGGGGCUUCGGUUCGGCGGUGAGGCGGCAUAUCUGCGGCGGACCGGAGGGAGAAGCCCGCGCGCGGCCGUCUGAAACCAGCGCCUUAUUAUGGCCACAACAAAGGACGGCAUAAUUGGUCCAGAGCAACGUGGUAAGGCCGGAGGGAGAGUCUGGAGCUGGUGUGUGUUUUUCUCCUGUGUUAGCGGGGGGACCAGCGGCUGCGGGGGUCUCUGUGUUGAAUGUUGGCGUUGCUAGGAUUACCCCCGAUUUCUCUGUAAUAUGGGCAAGAAACAUGCAAGCCGGACCAAUCUGAUGUAAAGGAAUGGUAGAACCACCAAUGCAGAAAUAAAUCAGGAGACCGAUGUGAUCGAACAGAAGCGAAACUCUUUAACUCUUUAUGGACACGUGUCAGAGAGUCAUCCUCUGUUGACCUUUGUGGCAUGGCAAGAUGAGUGUCUGUGUACGAUGAUGGCCAAAAAGCAAGAUUCGCGGGCGCCCACCUACAACCUGGUUGUUGUUGGACUGUCGGGCACAGAGAAAGAAAAAGGCCAGUGUGGAGUUGGGAAGUCUUGCCUUUGUAAUCGCUUUGUCCGCCCAAGUGCAGACGACUUUCAUCUCGAUCACACAUCAGUAUUAAGUACCAGCGAUUUUGGGGGCCGGGUUGUCAACAAUGACCAUUUCCUGUUCUGGGGAGAGGUGGAGCGAUCUUUGGAAGAUGGCUCAGAAUGCAGGAUGCAUGUCGUUGAGCAGACCGAGUUCAUUGAUGACCAGACGUUUCAGCCGCAUCGUAGCACAGCACUACAGCCUUACAUCAAAAGAGCUGCGUCCACAAAGCUGGCAUCUGCUGAAAAGCUCAUGUAUUUCUGUACAGAUCAGUUGGGGCUGGAGCAGGACUUUGAGCAGAAGCAGAUGCCUGAGGGAAAGCUACAGGUGGACGGCUUUCUCCUCUGUGUUGACGUGAGUCGAGGAAUGAACCGCAGCUUUGAUGACCAAAUGAAAUUUGUCACCAACCUGUAUAAUCACCUAGGAAAGACAAAAAAGCCUGUCGUGCUUGUUCUCACCAAGUGCGAUGAAGGUGUUGAGCGGUACAUCAAGGACUCUCAUACCUUUGCUAUUACUAAGAAGAACUUGCAAGUUGUGGAGACCUCAGCUCGGUCUAAUGUCAACGUGGACUUAGCUUUCCUCACGCUGAUGCAACUCAUCGAUAAGGGGAGGGGCAAGCUUAAGAUAAUACCUUAUUUUGAGGCUCUAAAGCAUCAGAGUCAAUUGAUUGCCUCUGCGAAGGACCGCUAUGAAUGGCUGGUGAACCACAUAGUGAAGAAUCAUAAUGAGACAUGGCCCAACGUCAGCCGACGCAUGCAGCCAUCGCCAGAGUACAAAGAGUAUGUCUUUUUAGAGGGUACGGCCAAGGCGAAAAAGCUUUUCCAGCAGCAUAUUCAUCGACUUAAACAGGAGCACAUUGAGAGGCGUCGCAAGGGAUACUUAAGUACUCUUCCACUGGCUUUGAGUUCUUUAGUAUCUGAACUGGAUGAAAUUGAGCAUUUGAGCUGGUCUGGGGUGCAGAAGGUUCUUGAGUCCAAAAAGGACUUUGACCAUUGGUUUGUUGUGCUAGAGGAUGCACCGUGGGAGGAUACACCACAUCUUGACAAUAUGGAAGAUGAACGCAUACCCUUUGAUGUGCUUGACACAACUGCAGCAGAAAUCAUCUUUGAUGCACAUCUUGAACAUCUGCGUAAUGAGAGCAAGCGAGCUGAAAUGCGACACGAGUUCAAGAUGAAACUGGCAUCUUCACCCUUUGUCACUCCUGGCAAGCCAUGGGAAGAGGCACGCAGCUUCAUAAUGAAUGAAGAUUUCUACCAGUGGCUGGAGGAGCCGGAAUACUUGGAUAUUUACAACAGGCAUCAGAAGGUGAUCAUUGACCGAGCGAAGGAGGAUUUUCAGGAAUUACUCCUGGAGUAUUCUGAGCUUUUCUAUGAACUUGAAGUAGAUGCAAAGCCAAGUAAGGAAAAGAUGGGUGCAAUUCAGGAAGUGCUUGGGGAGGAGCUGCGCUUCAAAGCUUUACAGAAGCUUCAGGCAGAGAGAGAUGCUUUAGUACUGAAGCACAUCCACUUUGUCUAUCACCCAACGAAGGAUACCUGUCCUAGCUGCCCAUACUGUGUGGACAACAAGAUUGAACAGACUUUAGCCUUAUGCUUCCCCACACGCUACCCUUCCUUUGGAAAGUCUCACAUGAAUGACAGCAAAGCAGAUAGGAUUAAUUUGGUGAUCUUGGGAAAAGAUGGUUUAGCAAGAGAGCUAGCAAAUGAGAUCCGGGCUUUGUGUACCAACGAUGACCACUAUGUGCUUGAAGGAAAGCUGUACGAGCUGAUACUCAGACCCAUUGAAGGCAACGUGAGGCUUCCUGUGAACUCCUUCCAUACAGCCACAUUCACACCUCACGGAUGCCUGUGUUUGUACAAUUCAAAGGAAUCUCUGUCUUAUGUUGUGGAAAGUAUUGAGAAGUUGAGAGAGUCUACACUUAGCAGGAGGGAAAACCACAUAGCACAACUUCCUCUGUCUCUUUUGUUAGUGACUAAAAGAGGUGUGGGAGCAUUGAGUGACAUUGGUGGUGAGACUGCCCAAUCCUUAAUCUCUCAGGGUCAGCAGGUAGCCAUGAAACUACAGUGUAACUUUUUGGAACCUGCCUCUCCUGGCUCGGGCUAUGGGCGUAACGUGAAUGAAAGACAGAUAAACCAGGUCUUAAAGUGUCUUCUGGACUCCAGGAGGAAUGCUGUUUUCCGUAGCAGUUCUCCUCCCCCUCCACCUCUGCCUCCAGGUAUCAGGGACAUGCAGCAGGACCAGAGUCCAGAGGCAGACUUGCGUAUUGUCAUGUGCCUCAUGUGUGGAGAUUCCUAUGAUGUAGACCAACUUCUUGCGCCCUUCUUGUUGCCUCAGCAUUGCAGGCCAACCUCUCCCCAUUCCAGCGGUACUUCAGUGCUUCUGGAGCAGACAGUUGGCGGCCAUAGACAGACGAUAGAGCUGUCCCUAUUGUCAUAUCAUGCUUCUUUUACCAUGCGUAAAAGCCGGCUGGUACAUGGGUAUGUAGCCGUUUACUCUGCUCGUCGUAAGGCCUCAUUUGAAACCUUGUGUGCCUUCCUCUGUGAGGUUCCGGACAUCAUUCCAGUCCAGCUGUUAGCUGUAGGGGAAACCCAAGCGGAGCUCACAGACUCUGACUUUGCGAGAGAAAUGCUGACCCAGGGUGAGGAUCUGGCUCGUGAACUCGAGGGUCGCUUUGCCAGUGUGGUCUGCGGACCAGGUGGAGUUGUCGGAGGACUGCACAGAAUAGAUCUCUUGCAACCGUUCUUUAUGGAGGUGUUAGAGAAGAAGACCCUCGUUGAGGCCACACAUAUGUACGAUAAUGUUGCAGAAGCAUGUAGCAUGAAUGAGAAUGUGUAUUCCCCUCAGUGUGGUUCCCCCAGCCCUGUCACUAUGCUGUUAGAUUCUGAGGAGGACAUGGAAGCCUCUCCGCCUUACCACGAUGGCACCCUCACCUCUCACAGUGGAUUCCGACUGCCUGACCUUGAUUCAGGGGACACGUUCUCCGUCAUCUCUGAACUUAGUACUUUUGAGAACAAGCUGAACAACAAGGUCCCUCUACAAGUCAGACCCAGGCCCAGUGUUACCUUUGACCUCCGAAAGCACAACUUUAAUCCCUACACGGACCCAAUCAGCCACCGGCGAUCCCUUACCUCCAAUGUGACCUGGCCUCCGGCUGGAGAAAGCAUUUAUGAUCCAUCAGAUUACGCUGAGCCAAUGGAUGCGGUGUCCAAGCCUCGGCCCAGCCAUGAAGAAAGCAUUUACUCUGUGCCGCAUGACAGCACACAGGGAAAGAUCAUCACCAUCCGGAAUUCCAACAGGAUGCAUUCUAACGGUGGUGGCAACGGCUCAGACAGCGAAGGAGAUGGCAGCUCGUUGGAGCGCCGACGCAAGUUCUCCACAGUAGGGGUGAAGCCACGACUGUACCGGGACCGCUCCAAGAGGCUCGGCAAGUUCAGUAACUUCCGCACCAGUUUCUCUAUCGGUAGUGAUGAUGAGCUUGGUGUCCUUCCAAAGACAAAGGAGGAUGAAGUGACUGUGCUAAAAGGAGAGUCACUUAUCGAGGAGGGGGAAGAUCCCAAGAAAAGAAACAUUCUGAGGAGCCUUCGUCGACCAGGCAAAAAAACGAGACCAAAGCCUCGACACUCAAUCUCUAAACCUUUGGAGAGUACUUAUUUUGGGGUGCCUUUGGUUAAUGUUGUGUCUCCUGAUAGACCCAUUCCACUAUUCAUUGAUAAAUGUAUCCGCUUCAUUGAGGCCACAGGUUUGACCACAGAAGGUAUUUACAGAGUUAGUGGGAACAAGGCAGAGAUGGAGAGCAUGCAGAAACAGUUUGAGCAAGACCAUGGUCUAGACCUGGUAGAGAAGGACUUCUCAAUAAACACAGUUGCAGGAGCCCUGAAGAGCUUUUUCUCAGAGCUGCCUGAGCCAUUGGUUCCAUACAGUGCACAAGUGGAGCUUGUGGAGGCUUUCAAGAUAAAUGAUCGAGAGCAGAGGCUGCAAACCAUGAAGGAUGUACUGAGAAGGUUUCCCCGCGAGAACUAUGAAGUCUUCAAACACGUCACGAGUCACUUGAACAAGGUCAGCCAGUGGAACCGGGUUAACCUGAUGACCAGUGAAAACUUGUCCAUCUGUUUCUGGCCAACACUGAUGCGCCCCGAUUUCACCACCAUGGACGCUCUGACGGCCACGCGCACCUACCAGACAAUCAUUGAGACCUUUAUACACCAGUGCGCAUUCUUCUUCUACAACCAAGCCCCCGCUGAGUCCCCUACGGGACUCUAUGGCAUGCCGGGACCAAUGGUGCCCUCCGCUCUGCCGCCGUCACCCACCGCCAUGCCCUCCUGCAUUCCGCCUCCCCCACACUUCAGUCCCCUGCUGCAGUCACCGCCCAAUUCUCCUCCUCAGAGCCCCCACACUGUCCCACCGGAGCCACAGACACUGUGAGACAGGGAAAAUGUAGAAACACACACACACACUCGUAUACAUUACUUUUUACUUGUCUAUCGGCCAUGUAUUUGCAAACAUACUCAAAGCUCAUAUCCUGCACACAUGUACUUACUUGCUGCAGUCUUUAUAUAGACACUUGAAAAAAACAGUACAUAUAUAUUUAGGUGAGUGUUGCAUGUGGCAGUUGGAUACACUUCUUCAGUAAUGCACUGAGUUAGUGAUAUACACAUGCCUGAAACUGUAGCGUGCUGUUGACGCACACUCUUACACACACACACAUAAACACACAAAUACACACGGAUUUGGUCUUAAGCAUACCCUGAGGGAAUGCACCAGUCUGAUGGCAUUUACCAAGUACAUUCACACACUUUGCACACUCAGACAAAAACACAGAUGAGUGUCCAUAUCUCUGUUUGCAAUCACGCCGUUCUCCCAUCUCUCUGUUUGUGUGCGUGCAAACCAUCCUGGAUUAUUAUGGGGCUGUCACUGUGCAGAUGGAUCAGAAGUUGUCCUUUUUAAUGAAAGUCAACGUUUUGCAGUUCAGCAGACAUUUGAGUUUGCAGUUUUUCCUGUUCUUUUCUUUCUCAUCCCUCUCUCCUUCUCUCUCACUGUCUCUCUUUCUCUCUUACCCUAUUAUUUUUCUCCUUUGACGAUUCUCUGAACCCCCUGAACUGAAACUGUGUCUACACUUUUUGCCCAACAAAUGAAGGAUAUACAUUAGGGAUGUACGUUCUGAAUUGCAGUCCAUCCACCCUGGCACUUCACUUACUUUUCCCUGAAGGAUCUAUCCAGUGAAGAUAAACAGACAUUUUGGGAGAGUAUCAAAUUUUUAUUUAUUUAUUUUUUUGAAAAGAAAAAGAAAAAAAAAGAAUGGCAUCACUGCUGCUGCACCCUAAUUUGAACGCAAUGAAAGACAUGGUAACCCAUGUUGGUUUAAUCUACCUGACCCACUAUUUGGAUUUAAAAGACUCUUGUGCUUGAGUUUGAUUCCUCCUCUUUGCUCCAAGACUUGAAGCCUCUUGACAUGCUAAGGAGUUGCAUUCGUGAAGUUUUGCUCUCAUUGGUUCCUGUGGAUAUUGUGCCCUUAAAUUCAGUCGCUGGGAGUGUGCUUACUUUUGUUCCAAGACUUUUACUUCUUCCUGGAACGCUGGGAUUUGAUAAGCUGGAUCUAUAACGACACGCGAUUAGAGGGGAAGCACUUUACGUUGGAUGAAGAAGUGCCCCAGAGCAUUUACAGACUUUGGAACACUUGACAUUUAACCUCUGAACUUUGAACCUCUCCACCAAGGGCGAACCCAAAACCCUCGCAACCUUAAUAUAGGAUACGGAUUCCAAAAACCACAUCAAUAGGCCUUUUACGGACACCCCAUUUGACUGUUUAAAUAGGAAAAAAACGACAAAGAAACUGCACCGUUUUCACUUACUAAUCUAAAGCACUUUGAUUUUCUUUUAGACCUUUUAGAACUGUUUUGUGAAACAUAACACUGAAUACCAUUUGGGGUAGGUCCUAGCCCAUGCCGGUUGGGAUGGUUUAUGAUCUUCGCGAGGCUUCUAUGUGUCUCUGUUCUGGAUUUUUCUUGUACAUGUGUGUCAUUUAAGGCUAAGCCAUGACUAAUGUAGACAUUAACUCAUAUCAUGAUUGUUUAAACAAAUGUAUUCAGAUUUCAACAUGUACAGCAGUCCGGCUCUCUGCAUCUGCCAUCGCAUACACCUUCAAAAAUCCCCAGAGUGUCAGUGCAUCUCAUGAAACCAUUUGAUAAAAAAACAAGCAUACAAAAAAAGCAGUUCAUUGUGUGUAGAUUGUAAAUGACUUUGCUGUUCUCCUAAAACAUGAAGCCUUUCUGUUUUGUAAUAUACACUGUUUGCUUGAAAUCCCCCUUUCUUUUUUUUUCUUUUUUUCUUCAAUCCAGCCAAGGUACAGUAGCUUAAGUACCAAAGUAGUGCUCAGUGCCCAGCUAGACUCAGACACUAGUUUGAAUGACUAUUUUAAUGAUUUGUUAGGGGUGAUAAUGUUUUUAAGCUAGGUUCAAAUACUGGACAUGUUGUUUGUACAUUUCAUUCAUUUGUACUGUUUUGUUCCCCUCCUUAAACAGAAAAAUCAGCUCAUUGGAUGAAAAAUGAAUGUGUUUGAUCACCUGUGUUCUUUCUACAACUGUGAUUACAUACCUGAAUUGAGAAAAUUGAGAAUUGAUUUUGCUGCAAUUAAUUGGCCUAUUCAUGCUCUGUCUGCAAUGUUUUUUUCGUAGUUAUUGGUACAAGGUUGGGCAAGAAUUUAGAUAACAUUCAGGAAAUAAAUGUAUUCAGACUAAUAUGAAAUUGUUGUGCAGAAAUCUGGCUUAGGAUUAGAUUUGGACAAAUUUAAAAAAAGCUUUACUCACUUUUAGUAAAGGUCAGGAGUAAUAUCUGUCAAGAUUAAAUGUUUUUUUAGGGAUGACUAUACAAUUUAAAGGGUAAGCAGAAAAUAACCAGACUUUUAAUGCACAGAACGUUGCUAAAUGCUAUAACGUUGCUGGCAAGCCAGGCUAGCAUCGCUAAAUUACUCUGGUGGUAAUGUUUUUAGUGUCCUAUUUUCAAAUAAAUAAUAAACAGAAAGCAUGACAAUAUAGAAUCAAUUCAAGCUUCAGCAAAGUCAAGCUAUAUGGUAAAUAAAAGUAUGAAUCUAUAGAGCUUAAUGGAAAAAUUAAUCUACAUAGGUUCUCAAUAAAGUCAUUUUAAAUGGUGGAUGUUUGCUGUAGCUAAAUUCAGUUGCUUCUUGGUUACACAAGUCAGGUUUCCAUCCACUACAGUUACACAAAAAACUAAUUUAGGAGCGGCUUUUAAAAGUUAAAUUCAGAGAGUUAACUUUGUCUUUGCUUUGAGCAAAGACAACAUUAACAUUAACACACUAACAACAUCCUGCAUCUGGGAGUGCACAUACACCAGACAGUUCUGAGAGAGCAGGAUGUAGACAUACGGCCCCAGGGGGCGGAGCCAAUGCUAGAAAUUGAUAUGUAAUUUUUGUGGUCGCUAUUAGCCAAUCAUGCAGCAAGCUUUUGACAGGCUAAACAUUCCCCAAUCAGGAUCAAACUUGUACACUGUACGUGGCCUAUUCAUAUUUCACUGCUAGGCUCUUGGCAGGUUUUAUGUGAUGUCUUGCUACACUCAUUUGGUGAAACAACUCCAGGUUCUUAAAAUUGCAAAAUAAAAGCCCUGCUCAACAUUAUAGCUCAAUUAAACAUUUUAAAAUAAUUGGGCAAACUUGAUGGACAAGUCGGAGGAAUAGUUGUUUCCAGUCAUAAUAGUUCAAAUCAACUGAAAGGAGAAUCUAAUGAUGAAUAAUGAAUGGAUUCAAGGUAUUCCUGGCUACAGUGGAGGUUCUUUUUUCAUCUGCUUUUAAGCUAUAGCUAGCAGGAUAACAGCUCAUUCACCCCAUUAAUGUUCAAAUAUGGUGUAAACAGCUGAAGGUGCAUAACCAAAGAGGUGGUGAGAGAAAGAGCAGAAGAAGAAAAUGUAUACAGUGAAAGUACAGUAACUAAAGCAUAAACAUUCUUGAAAUAAAACAAAAAAACACUGUAUUAAACCAGAGUCUGAUUUAGCAUCAGGUAACUCACUAUGAACAAAUGCUAGCCUGUUGCUAAUGUGAUGCUAGGGUAGGACAACAGCUUCACACAACUUGGUGGGUUCGGGUACAUACACUUAUUUGUCACAAGGUUAGGAAGAUGAAAACUGUGUGACUAUUUGUCCAGCACGCUAGCUAGAUUUUGAACAACCAGCUACACUCUGCUAUUGUAGUAGAAGUGAAAUCUGAUUUGUGUGGGAUGGAAUAUGCAAAUUUGGCGGAGGAGUUUCAGUUGUUAAAGGUCUCAUUCCAUUGUUUUUUUUUUAUUCUUUAUAAAUGUCUAGUUGUGGUCUCUAGUAUGAAUGAAUGCCAUGUGAGCCGUUAUAAAAAAAAUGCUCUGGUGUUUCUAUUCAGCCCUGCUUUAGAUCACUAAAUUACUGGUCUCAAUUUUACAGCUCUAAAACAAAAUGUUUUCAGAGAUACAGCCUUAGUUGUAAAGAUAUAGCACUCACAAGUUGACGUAGACAAAGUGCUUUUCCUGAUCAAUUCAUUUUUCUGAAUAUUUUUCUUUUACUAGCUACUGCAGACAGGAAGAGUUUAAGGAAGAUUUUCAUGUGCAGCAUGAACACAGUACAAAUCAUAGAGACCUUCUGUAUUUCACACAAAAGAAAGUGGAUUUUAGCGGAAGGAGAUCUUUAAACUUGUCUUGUAGAGACAGAUGCAUUUACACUUCUAUAACAUGUGGCUCAAAUGUUCCUCAGGUGACCUACUGAAGUGGGUUAGGUGAUUAGAUCUGUUUUAAAUCUUGUUUGUGUUUACACUUACAGUUUUAUAUGGAUUGGUCUCAUCCAGAUAUAAUCUUAAAACUCAAAAUGGAGGACAUGACCACACCCUGUUUGUCUUUGGUCACAUAAUUUCACUUGAGAAUUAGGAUCGAAGCAGAUAUAAAUCUAAACCCCCGACAAUUUCAGGAAGUUUUCUGAGAUGCAUUUGAUCCACAUGUUACAGCAGUGUAACCUCAUCUGUAUCUCCAAAACACAUUAGUUGACCAAAACUCAUUUGACGACCAAGUGUAAAUAUGUUUGGUUAAAAGCCAUACUAGGGUACAAUUCAGAUACGAUACACAUUAAGUAUCCAGGUGUAAAUAGGGUCUAUAAGAUUAAAAAACAACAAUAAAUGUUAGAUUUUUAAUUAAGCAGACGUCAAUGUUAGACCAGAGGUUGAUGUUUAAAAUUUUGCUGUGUUGCCUGGCCAGAAUCAAUCAGAUUAUUGAUUAAACAGGUGGAAAAACAGUCUCUACAGAUGGUUUCUACAUUAUGCAUGACUUUUUUUAAUCUCUUAUUGGUUUAAAUAAACUUAUGUCGCUCAUAAGGGCAUAUUUCCACAAUUGAACCAUUUUCAAAGCUUGUCCAGUCGUAUUAGUUUUUAGUUGUUGCUCAAGAAGGCAGAGCAUGGAUACGUCAGUUGAGUUGAGCUACAGAACGAUUUUACAUGGGGGACAAAAAUCCAAUGGAGUUGAUACAGCAUCUGCUUGUUUUUGUGUGUGGGGGGGGUGCUGACUCAUGUGGAAACAAGUUAAAAAGGAAUUAUGUUAAAAAAUGUUUAAAACUUGACAGCGAUUGUUGAGUCGACUGGCUAACUGCUGUGAGUUAUUUUUAAGGUUGUUUCUCUGUCCUGGACAGCAAGCCUGAACAAUUAGCUCAUUCUUUUUCUUCUGUUAGUAUCAACACAUACCUUUGCUGUGGAUUAUCUUCACUUCUUUCUCUUAAAACCCAUAAAACCUCUCAAAACUGGAGAGCUCUUGUAGCAUAACUGCUAUUAUCCUAGCCUCUGAUGCUAACUAAGACCAGAAAUGAUCCUAGAUCGUCUCUGAACAUUUACACCCAAAUGUUUCCCCCAAAAAGCUCUGUAGAAUAAAGAAGAUUUGAACAGGAGGGGCGUCUUAUGAAUGUGAAUGUUUUCAGAUUAAAUGAUAAAGCUCAGCUGCAGUGUACUUUCUUUAAACCUGGCCUAGUUGUGGUCUUUUCUGCUGUAGUUUGAGUUCUAUUAUCUGCUGCCCUCUUAUGGCUCUGGUGUGAACUGCAGGAGAGUUGAUCAAUGAUGUGUAGGACGGUCAAAAGUUUGGACACUCGAGUCGAGCUUUUUUUUUACUUCUCGUUUCCUCAUUUUAUAGUUGUGGUGAUAAACAAUAAAGUACAUGUUUUUACUCACAGCUAAAGCUAAAAAUGUUACGUUACAUUUAUACAGUAAUAUUUGUCCCAGAAACAAAUAUCAAGCAUUUAAACAUAAGCUUUUAGAUUCAUUUUACAAAACAAAAUUACAUUUAAUCAGAUGAACUCAAAGCUUUGACUGGAUCAGCAUGUUUAGGAGCAUUUGAAGAAGAUUCAUUUGUUUGAUUUUCUUUCUCUUGGGAACAAUGAUUGUGCAUUUGACUAAAGAAUUAGUAGCUUCUGUUUCCUCUAGUCUGCUUCUAAACCUGUCUCAGAGCCUCUCUGCCUUUAAUUUGCAGGGAGAUGAACCCCCUGCUGUUAUCAGAGAGUAGCUGUAAGGUCAUGUUUCUUAUGGACUGUGUGACUGUAUGGAAGAGUGAGAUGAUUUAGAGGGUGAGCAGUGACUGACUGUAGCUGCAUCACCUGAACUCCUGCAACUACAUCUAAAACAAUCACAGCAGCAACGCAGAUUCUUCUCUUCUAGUGAAGUAAAUAGAAAACUUCCAGUGGGUGUUUUUCAUUUGUGUGUGUGAGGUGUCUAAUGUUUUAUGCCUUUUCUCGAUGGAUGCUGUUCAUUUUGAUACUGAUUAACAAAGUUUUGUUGGAUUUUUUCUUUUUCUUUUAGUGGGUGGAUUUAGGGUGAACUCAGUUCCAUGCAUGAUUGAAGACCCUUACUGGGAGAAAGGGUUGCCACUUUUCAGUAUUUCAAAAGUCAUGAAAUUAUGAAUAACCUGUAUUUAAAGAUGUAAAUGGUGUGAAAUGGAAAGAAGCAUCAGCAGAGCCUCUCCUGGAGGAGAGCCAGGAGGGCUGUAUGAGCUGUACCAUAGACAAUAAAUCAGUCCUGAUACAUGGAAAAA